CGGGGAGGGGUUCUUGUCCAUAAAGGCUUCGCGCCUUUAUGCAUGAGGAGGAGGCCUUGCUCGGCUGCAGCCAGGUUCCGUGCUCCAGGAAGGUCUGCCUGUGCUUUACGUGGCAGACACGGCCCUCUGGACUCAGCGGCAUACACCAGCCAGGCGGUCUUCUGGUAGUUUACAGUCCUACUGGGGCGCCCUGGAGCGCCCGGCUGCUUCCGCCCCAGACCUCAGACUGGCACCCAGGAAGUGGAGGCGGGGUCUGGCUGCGCGAGCCUCGCUACCGGGUUCUCGGGAGCCUGGGGACUGGAGUUCCGUGAAGUAGCCGCUAACCCGGGCUCUCGGAGCUGCUUGGCUCUGGGAUCCUAGCCCACUGGAGCAGCCUGGCUCAGUCCUACCGGGCAGGGGAUCGCGCCAAGGCAGAAGACAACCCGGACCUCCUCUGGGCGCCAGCUCCUCGGCUCCAACCCGUCCAGAAUCAAGCGGGAUUUUUUUUUUCUUUCCCUCUAGAAAUUGGCUUUGGUGUGUCGCCCGCCCUCUCCCCUCCUCCUCUCAACUCCUCCCCUCUCUCUCUCUCUCUCUCUUUUUUUUCCUCCUUCUUCUUCCUGAGACAUGGCCCGGGCAGUGGCUCCUGGAAGAGGAACAAGUGUGGGAAAAGGGAGAGGAAAUCGGAGCUAAAUGACAGGAUGCAGGCGACUUGAGACACAAAAAGAGACGCGCUUCUCGCGGAUUCAGGCAUUGCCUAGCCGCUAGCCUUCCCCUCCAAGACGCGCUGAGGAUUCGAUGGUUCUUAGGCGGACUUAAGAGCGUUUUGGAUUGCUAAGAUUCCUGUUUGCUGGGUUUUCAUCCGCGCGACCGUGUUCUUCCGUGGCUGCCUAGGGACUGGCUCGGCGAAGGAGGAUGGAGAGGGGGCUGCCGUUGCUGUGCGCCGCGCUCGCCCUCGCCCUCGCCCUCGCGGGCGCUGUCCGCAGCGAUAAAUGUGGCAGGACUAUAAGAAUUGAAAACCCGGGGUACCUUACAUCUCCCGGUUACCCUCAUUCUUACCACCCAAGUGAGAAGUGUGAAUGGCUGAUCCAAGCUCCGGAGCCCUACCAGAGAAUCAUGAUCAACUUUAACCCACAUUUCGAUUUGGAGGACCGAGACUGCAAGUAUGACUAUGUGGAGGUGAUCGACGGAGAAAAUGAAAGCGGCCGCCUGUGGGGGAAGUUCUGUGGGAAGAUUGCGCCUUCUCCUGUAGUGUCUUCGGGACCCUUUCUCUUCAUCAAAUUUGUCUCUGACUACGAAACACAUGGGGCAGGGUUUUCCAUCCGUUAUGAAAUCUUCAAGAGAGGGCCGGAAUGCUCUCAGAACUAUACAGCACCUACAGGAGUGAUAAAGUCCCCGGGGUUCCCUGAGAAGUACCCCAACAGCUUGGAGUGCACUUAUAUCAUCUUUGCACCAAAGAUGUCCGAGAUUAUCCUGGAGUUUGAAAGUUUUGACCUGGAGCAAGACUCAAAUCCUCCAGGAGGAAUGUUCUGUCGAUACGACCGGCUGGAGAUCUGGGAUGGAUUCCCUGAAGUUGGCCCUCACAUUGGGCGUUACUGUGGGCAGAAAACACCUGGCCGGAUCCGAGCCUCUUCAGGCAUUCUUUCCAUGGUCUUUUACACCGACAGUGCAAUAGCAAAGGAAGGUUUCUCGGCCAACUACAGUGUGUUGCAGAGUGGCAUCUCAGACGAUUUCAAGUGUAUGGAGGCUCUGGGCAUGGAAUCUGGAGAGAUCCACUCUGACCAGAUCACUGCCUCCUCACAGUAUGGAACCAGCUGGUCUGUAGAGCGCUCCCGCCUGAACUACCCUGAGAACGGGUGGACCCCAGGGGAGGACUCCAACCGCGAGUGGAUCCAGGUGGACUUGGGCCUCCUGCGAUUUGUCACUGCAGUAGGGACACAGGGUGCCAUUUCCAAAGAAACCAAGAAGAAAUAUUACGUCAAGACUUACAGAGUAGAUAUCAGCUCCAACGGAGAGGACUGGAUCACCCUGAAAGAGGGAAAUAAAGCCAUUAUCUUUCAGGGAAACACCAACCCUACAGAUGUUGUCCUUGGCGUUUUCCCAAAACCACUGAUAACUCGAUUUGUCCGAAUCAAACCUGUGUCCUGGGAAACUGGUAUAUCUAUGAGAUUUGAAGUUUAUGGCUGCAAGAUAACAGAUUACCCUUGUUCUGGAAUGCUGGGCAUGGUGUCUGGACUUAUUUCAGACUCUCAGAUUACAGCAUCCAACCAAGGAGACAGGAACUGGAUGCCAGAAAACAUCCGCCUGGUGACCAGUCGCACCGGGUGGGCACUGCCACCCUCACCCCACCCCUACACCAAUGAAUGGCUCCAAGUGGACCUGGGGGAUGAGAAGAUAGUAAGGGGUGUCAUCAUUCAGGGUGGGAAGCACCGAGAAAACAAGGUGUUCAUGAGGAAGUUCAAGAUCGCCUACAGCAACAACGGCUCCGACUGGAAAACCAUCAUGGACGACAGCAAGCGCAAGGCUAAGUCUUUCGAAGGCAACAACAACUAUGACACACCUGAGCUCCGGACAUUUUCACCUCUGUCCACACGAUUCAUCAGGAUCUACCCCGAGAGAGCCACACACAGCGGGCUUGGGCUGAGGAUGGAGCUACUAGGCUGUGAAGUGGAAGCACCUACAGCUGAACCAACCACACCCAACGGGAACCCGGUGGACGAGUGUGACGAUGACCAGGCCAACUGCCACAGUGGCACAGGUGACGACCUCCAGCUCACAGGAGGCGCCACUGUCCUGGCCACAGAGAAGCCAACCAUUAUAGACAGCACCAUUCAAUCAGAGUUCCCAACAUACGGCUUUAACUGUGAGUUUGGCUGGGGUUCUCACAAGACAUUCUGCCACUGGGAGCAUGACAGCCACGCACAGCUCAAGUGGAGUGUGCUGACCAGCAAGACAGGGCCCAUUCAGGACCACACAGGAGAUGGCAACUUCAUCUAUUCCCAAGCUGAUGAAAAUCAGAAGGGCAAAGUAGCCCGCCUGGUGAGCCCUGUGGUCUAUUCCCAGAGCUCUGCCCACUGCAUGACCUUCUGGUAUCACAUGUCUGGCUCCCAUGUCGGCACACUGAGGGUCAAACUGCGCUACCAGAAGCCAGAGGAAUAUGAUCAGCUAGUCUGGAUGGUGGUUGGGCACCAAGGAGACCACUGGAAAGAAGGACGUGUCUUGCUGCACAAAUCUCUGAAACUGUAUCAGGUUAUUUUUGAAGGUGAAAUCGGGAAAGGAAACCUUGGUGGGAUCGCUGUGGAUGACAUCAGUAUUAACAACCACAUAUCUCAGGAGGACUGUGCAAAACCAACAGACCUGGAUAAAAAGAUCACGGAAAUUAAAAUUGAUGAAACAGGGAGCACCCCAGGAUAUGGAGAGGAAGGGGAAGGUGACAAGAACAUCUCCAGAAAGCCAGGCAAUGUACUUAAGACCCUGGACCCCAUCCUGAUCACCAUCAUAGCUAUGAGUGCCCUGGGGGUGCUCCUGGGUGCAGUCUGCGGAGUUGUGCUGUAUUGUGCUUGUUGGCACAAUGGGAUGUCUGAAAGAAACCUGUCUGCCCUGGAGAACUAUAACUUUGAACUUGUGGAUGGAGUAAAAUUGAAAAAAGAUAAACUGAACCCACAGAGUAAUUACUCAGAGGCAUGAAGCACGGCGCUGGAGGGAGCACUGGAGGACAGCGGAGGUGCGGGACUCUUGCUCUGCUUUCACUGUAAGCUGGGAAGGGCGUCCAUGACGCCACACCAGGCUUUUCUCAGGAGCUUCAAUGAGCGUCACCACAGACACAAGCAGGUGACUGAGGUGACAACAGGAAUCGUGUACAGCCCACUUUCUUCUCUCGGUUUCAUUUGGGUAAUCAGAAGCCAGUUGAGACUAAGUGUGACUGACUUCAUGGUUCAUCCUCUUUUCCCCCACCUUUAUUUCUCUCUCUCUCCUUACCCUGUGGUGGAUUCUUCUCGGAAACUGCAAAAUCCAAGAUGCUGGCACCAGGCAUUGUUCAGUGGGCCCUUUUGAUGGACAUGUGACCUGUAGCCCAGUGCCCAGGGCAUAUUAGCAUUAACUACAUUUCGUGGGAUGGCAACAUCCACCUUUGCAUCGCUACCUGCGGCGAGCACAGAAAAAAAAAAAAAAAAAAAAAAAAGAAUCAGACUAUUUUGUUUGCAAAGUACUGUGGCCUCAGUACCCAUAUAGCGUGUCCGCUCUGUUUACCAAGCAAUAUCAACAGAUUUUCUUGAUGUUUUCCAGUGUUGUACUGAAUCUCGUGUUUGUGACCUCCACUCAGAAUACCAUACCGUGCAGCCACCAAACUACUGGCCCCGGGUGUCCCGCUGAUGAGCACCACAAAAGUCCUCGGCACUGGCUAGUCUUCGUCCUCUCAAGUGCCUUUUUGUUUGUACUGGUUCCUUGUGUCCCGUGGAUGAGCUACUCUGUUUCUGGUGAAAACCCUUCUCUUCAAUCGGACCUGGUGGCCCACUGACUAAGAAGAAAGUAUAUUUUAGUGUGCGACGCCAACCCUGGGAAGGCAAGGGCUCUGAAGACCUGGCAAUGUGGCGUGAUCGUUCUGCUUUUUUCUGAAGUUCAAUGUCAUAUCUCUUGACCCUUUGUAUAAAGCUGCAAUGUUCUCUCUCAUUGUUCUUUCCUAUGGAAUGUAUUUUCAGAUGUAAACUCUUGGCUCUUUCCUUUCUCUGUUCUUUGUUUUUUUUUUUUUUUUUUUUUGUUUUGUUUUGUUUUGUUUUGUUUUUGUUUUUGUUUUUGUUUUUCCUCUCUCUCUUAGAAUGGAAGCAUUUGCCACUGCCAUUAGAAUGAACCUUGCAGCUUUAACCUGCUGGCAAUGGCGAACAAUUUUACUAGACUUUAUGUUUUAAGAUAAUUAAGUAAGAGGAAUUCCUAACUUUGUCCUCCAAAGUCUAACUUUGGGUUUCUUGUUAACUGGUUAAAGUGACAGUAUCUUUUUUCCUUAAGCCAUGUGCCCAUCCAUUCUGAUUAGAUUGAUAUUUGAUAUGAAUGUUUGUGUCUAACGGAAGUCAUAAGUUGAAAGAGAAAAGAAUGCCAACUGGCUUUCAGAUAAGAGCCACAGGAAGCACUGAAUAAAAUCUCCGAGUCUAAAAGGACCUGAAAUUUUUACAUCCAAAUAAUGAGCCCUGAGAACCUUCUGGCUUGUUAUUGGAUCAGAGGGGGAGAGUGAAAAGAACAGCUCAUUUAAGAAAUAAACAAUAAAUCUGAUGCCUGAGGCAAAACUAUGUUAAGACCAGGCAGAAGGGGCACAUAAAAUCAAAACAAAUGUUUAGAACAACCCAUUCAGCAGAACCUCUGAAAAAAAAAAUAAAUAAAUGCUUCUAGAAACUUCCAAGGCCCAUAAAGGAAAAAAAAAAAAAAAAAAAAAAAAGCCUAUCUUAGGGCUGGCAAGACAUAAGCCUCAACAGCACAAAGAGGUAAAUAACUUAACACAGAGCAGCUUCCGGCUGGUGAAUUUCUGUCUUGCUGAGCUGUACGCAAGAACCCCAAGCUCUCUCCUUUCCUUGUGUGGCUGUAGGUCUAACUCAGUUAUGUUUCUUAGAGAUCACCUUUGCUUCCCGAACAAACGGCUUGUUCACCCUGGUUUAAUGGGAUUGAGAAUGUCUUUUUUCCAGGAAAGUAUUGAUCACUAGAGAGAGAGAGAGAGAGAGAGAGAGAGAAUGUUUUUAUUCCCAGGAGCAUCUAUUCACUUGUUAUAAUCGUACUGGGAGGAAAGCAUUAAGUAAGACUUUGUUUCUAAGGCAACAGACUUUACCAUUGUCCUCAGCCAAGGAAAAAUGAUACUGCAACUUUAAAUUUUAAAGUACCUUGCACUGAUAAAUAUAUUUAAAAGUUAUAUGUUUAUAAAGUUAUUAAUUUGUAAAGGCAGUGUUACAAAAUGUUCAGUUUAUAUUGUUUUAGAUUCUUUCGUAAUUUUUAAAGGUGUAAAAUAACAUAUUUUUUCUUUAUUGAAAUCUAUAAGACUUUCUGUAGUAAGAUGUCUCAUUUUAUGGUAUCUUAUUGCUUCAUGUUUUGUACCCUCAUAAAAUUUUGUGCAAAUUUUUUUUACAGAAAUUUUUAUUUUCUAUGAUAAUAUGUAUGACACUUGUAAAUUGUUGUUUCAAAAUGAACAGCGAAGCCUUAACUUGAAAUGACAUUUGUAUUCUCUGAGUAGCAUAAAAACCACCUAGAAUGAACUGUAACUUAAGCUCCAAACUACACAUUCCAAAGAAGCAGUUGAAUUAAACAUUUUCAUAAAAAUCUUAAACCUGA